AUGAGUGGAGGAAACGAGCAGGAGAUGGCUCCGGCCGGGUCGCCCAAGGGCCGGACCGCGGCGGCAGUCGCCAACCCUGACGCUCAGGACCGGCACCCUCCGCCGGGAGCCAAGCUCGAUGCAGCGCGGCUGCCACAGACGCUGCAGAGCCUCAACGCGACCGAAGCCAACCGCAACACCACGGGCGGGGGCACCGGCACCGUCCAGCCGCUCGUCGGGGAGCGGCUCAUGUCGGGCCGGACGGGCCCCACGUCGGUGAACGACCGGUCGCAGCAGGGUCCGCGGCUGGCGGCGGGGCGGCAGGCCGUCCAGGGCGGCGCCGGCGCGGGCCUCGGCUCCGCGGGAUUUUUGGAGCCGCCGCAGCGCGGCGACGGGGCGCUCAAGGGCGGGCCCGCCGCGCCGUCGCUGCCGGGCGCGGUCCCGCGGCGCGCGGCGUCGACGCCGCUCGGGAGCGACGUUGGGCACGGGCACGCGAACGUGCACGCCAUCGCGCAGGGCGGGCCGAAGCAGCCCGCGCACACCGCGCAGGUGCAGCACGCGCAGCACCACGCGCCCGCGCCGCAGGCCAAGACUGCGACGCCGGGAGCGUCUCUGGGGCAGGCGCACCUGCGUAGCCCGACAUCGGCCCAGACGUACCCGGGGCGGGGCCCGCCGUACCACGAGCAGGCGCUGGCGGCGGCGGCCGCGACUGCCGCGGCGGCCGCGCAGCUGCAGUCGGGCGCGGGGGCGCCGCAGGGCGCGGGGGCGGGCGGGAGCGAGGCGGCGAACGCGGCGCAGGCGCUGAGCGCGGUGCUCAACGCGGAGUGCCAGGUGACGCCGCAGCAGGCCGCGGUGCUGUUCAACCUGCUCCGCGGCACCUCGAUCGCGCUCAACCUGCUGGCGUCGAUGGACAACCGGCAGGCGGGGAGUCCCGGCGACACCCCCACCCCGCCGGGCUCGGGCGGCUCCGGCGGCCCGGGCAGCGCGCCGCCGCAGCAGCAGCAGGCGAUCGCCGCGCUGCGGGGCCUCGCGCGGCAGGCUUGGCCGCUCGCCGCGUCCGCGCUUCCGCGUUCGGCGACACCCGGCACGGGCACGGGCACGGGGACCGGCACAGGGCCCACCACCGCCGGGGGGGUCGCGGGGAGCACGCCGGGGCCUGCGGCGACCGGGUUCGGGCCGUUCAGCCCCGUGCAGCUCGCGGCCGCGCUGGCGUUCGCGCGGGAGCUGCAGCUGCAGGGCACGCCGCUCCCUGGCGUGCCGGGCCCGGUGGCGCAGCAGCAGAGCCCGGAGGGCCUCGCGCGGCAGCUGCGGGCGUUCAUCAUGUUCGUGUCGCAGCGCGCGCCGCAGUUGCUGGCGCACGAGACCGCGCAGCAGGCGGCGAAUGCGGUCGGGCAACAGGGGCAGGGCCGGCCGGGGGCGGGGCAGCAGCCGAGCGUGCAGGGCCCGUGGGCGGCGGGCGACAGGAUCGCCGUGCAGCCGAGCAACCAGGCCGCGAUCGGCGGGACGUCGCACGGCGGGCCCAACACGGGGACGCGCACGGGGACGCAGAGUACCCCGCAGGGCCCCCGGGGGGGUCACCAGACGCCGACUGCCGCGACGGGCGGGCCGACGGUGCAGGGCCGCGCGGCGCUGCGGCAGAAGCAGGGCAACGCAGGACAGGGCGCGCGCCCCGCGGUGCCGCAGCACCGCGCCCUCGGGGCUGGCGGCGCGCCCGCCAUGGCGGGCGGACAGGCCGCGCAGGCUGCGGGCUCGCCGGCGGGCACCACCUCCACCACCACGGGCACCACCACCACCGCCACGUCGGCUGGAAGCAGGUCGGGCGCGGGCGGCGGCAGCCGGCGGCUCCCGGCCACCUCGGGGACUCCUGGCACACCCCACGGGGGCCUUGCAGCUCGAGGCGCUGCAGCACAACCCGGCGCGCCUCCUCCAGAGCGUCGCCGCGAGCGUCGCCGCGGCCGCGGGCGCCCCGGGCGAGGCCGGGCUGUCCCUGCGCCGCCGCGUCCUCCUGCAACAAGAGGAGCUGACUCAGCAGCUGUGGGAGCUCCACCGCAUCGUGGCGCGGCAGCACCACCUGAC